AUGUGGUCCUUAGUGCAAUACCGACGCAUUGGCCAGCAGGUCGAGCACGAAUGGCAGAAUAAUGGAGGAAAGCAGGGCCACACCAAUAAGCAGAGUGCUUUUCAAGAUCUCGAGGCUGUAUCUGCACAAAGAGCUCUGAAGAGACUCAAUGGUGUCAACGAAGAGCAAUCCUCUGAAGCACGCACAGAACCAGACAACGGCAACACCAGGGCAAAUGGCAAGAUCGAGGUCGACACCACAGACGACAGUGAUCCCCUCGACCCCCACAACUGGCCGCUCCUCGCCAGGUGCAAGAACAUCGCCAUCCUGAGCCUCCUCAUAUUCUCCCAAGGGUGGGCCAGCGCCGCAGACUCGAUGGCAAACUCGCGAAUGAGCCAAGACUACGGCGUGAGCAAGGUCGCAGCCAACCUCUCCCAGGCGCUGUACCUCUUGGGGAUCGGAUCUGGGUGCCUCUUCUGCGGCCCGCUGUCCGAGACCGUGGGCAGGAACCCGACGUACCUCGCCGCGACUUUUUGUUAUCUGUGUUUUGUUCUCGGGACGGCGUUGACGUCAAAUCUUGGGGGAAGGAUCGUUUGUCGAUAUUUUGUCGGUCUCUUUGCCAGUGCCACUUUGGGAAUCAACGGCGCCAGCGUCAGUGAUCAGUUUCGCCCCGUCAAGAGGACAUUUGCCUUCCCCGUCAUCGCGUGGGCAAAUGUUGCCACUCCCAUGCUCGCGCCCGUCGCGGGAGGAUGGCUGGUCCAAGACCGCAACCUCAGUUGGCACUGGACCGACUGGGUGACACUGAUCAUUUCCAGCUUCGCCUUUGUCGUUGCAUUCCUCUUCCUGCCCGAGACAUACCUCCCGGUCCUGCUGGACUGGAAAGCGCGACAUCUCCGCCGUGUGUCCGGCUCACCCAUGUACGUGUCCAGACACGCCGAGAGAGCAUCCCUGCUCAAGCGGCUACGCGAGACCCUGCCCAUGACGGUGGUCUAUUUCUCGAGCGAGCCCGUCGUGGCGGUGCUAGGCGGAUACCUGAUCCUCGUGUACAUCCUCAUGUUCAGCUUCCUGUCCGGCUUCGACUACAUCUUCAAGGAGACAUACGGUCUAUCCGACGGACUGACGGGGUCGUGCUUCGCCUCCAUCGCCGCGGGAUCCAGCUUCUUCACGCUGUCGGCGCCGGGGCUCUUCCACCUCUCACGCGUGCACACGCACUACGUGCCCCAAGCGCGGAUCACGCCCGAGUACCGGCUGUGGCCGGCGAUCGUGACGGCGCCGCUGAUGCCCGCCUCGCUGUUCUGGCUCGGCUGGACCAAUUACGCCAGCGUGUCGGUGUGGUCGGGCCUCGCGGCCUGUUUCUGCUUCGGCGUCGUCGCCACCGCCCUCUACGUCGCCACCUACGAGUACAUCGUCGACAGCUACACCAAACACAGCGCCGUCGCGCUCGCCAGCAUCACCAUGGCGCGUUACCUCGUCGCGGGCUCCAUGGUCAUCGCCGCCCGCCCCAUGUACACGGGGAUCGGGGUUCACUGGACCAUGACCCUGCUCGGGUGCAUUGGUCUGCUCCUCGCGCCGGCACCGCUGGUCUUUCGAUGGUACGGGGAGAAGUUGCGGGCGAAGAGCGCCUACGCGGAAUCAUGA